AUGUCGGCGUCUGACAAGAAACCAUUGGUUCCGUCGUCUCAUAUAUCCAUCAAGAUCAAAAGUCAGGAUGACAUAUGUGUGUACUUCCGGAUUAAGAGGGACGUUGAGCUCCGUACAAUGAUGCAUGCAUAUUCCGCCAAAGUUGGACAGCAAAUGUCAUGUUUUAGGUUCCACUUCGAUGGAGUUAGGAUCAAACCCUAUCAUACUCCCAACGAGCUAGAGCUUGAAGACGGAGAUGAAAUCGACGCAUUAGUUGAACAAACGGCAGGGUUCAGCCAUAGUCAUCCUAUCUUAACGACAUAA